CUAGGCCCGCAUCAUGGCCAAAUUCGAGGUGGUAUCUGCAGUUCCCACUCUUCCUCGCUACAUCUCCAUCCAAGGCGACAACGGCCUCUACCUGGCUCUCAAAUCGGAUGGUCUGGUUUCCUUUGAUGCUAAAGAGACGAACAACUUGACAACUUUUGAAGUCCUGUAUGACGCUGAUGGUGCCUUGCUCAUUCGAUCUUCUGCAAACCGCCGUUUCUGGAGACGUGACGCCUCAAACUACAUCCGGGCAACUACCCUAAAUGUCACUGAUGCUGGUCGCUUCAAGGCUUCUAAGCUGGACACUGGCAAUUUGGCCUUUCAGUCGACUAAAGAUGAUCUGUUCCUGAACCGCUAUGCGAGACGUGUGGAUGGCUACAAUGCCCUGGAGACAGUCCCUAACCAGUGGACCGAAGUCCGCGUUACUGAUGCAAGCGACUAUGCUGUUCGUCUUCCAGAUUACAUCUGGCUGAAAGGAAACAACGGGAAGUAUGUCCAUCUGCAUUACGAGCGAGAUCUAAAUUGGCUCAAAUUCCAUGGAGAUUCUCCUUCUGAUGACUGGGGCACCAACCAAGUCAUUCCAUUGCUCGAUGGGAGUGUUGCCCUGUACAAUGUCAAGGCUGGAAAAUUCUGGCGGAACAGUACCAAUUGGAUAUGGGCAGAUGUGAACAAGCAAGAGGAUGCUGAAAGCAAUCCGAGGUGCCAUUUCGAGCCCCUCAAACUAGGCAGCGAGAUAGUGGCCCUCAAGAACCAGUUCAAUGGACUCUUCUGCAAGAGGCUAACUGACUAUUGGCAGAGCUGCCUCAAUGCUGGCACCGGUUCCCCCAAUGACUCUGAAGCACGCCUUAUAGUCGGUGAUGCAACAGAGAAGAGGAGCAUCUUCAAUGUCAAGUACCUCAUGAAUCUGGCCACCACUAGUGACCAGAAACUCCAGCUGGUUGGUCGUGGCUCUGCGACAAACAAUUCAAGCAACAUGAUGGACAUGAACGUGGUGGUCACCCUUGAGAACAAAGUUUCAAAGAGUAGUACGUGGUCCAACUCCUUCACCUUCAGCCAAAAGGUGACCACAACCUUCAAAUGUGGCGUUCCUUUCAUUGGCAAUGCUGAGAUUGGCGUGGAGAUUGGUACUGAGCAGACCUUUGGGCAUGAGUGGGGUGAGACUACUGAAGAAACUGUCCAAUUUCAGACUGGGUACCUUGUGAAAGAUAUUGGACCUGGCCAGAUGGCUUCAGUGACUGUGACAUGUUCAACUGCUAAGAUACGGAUCCCCUUCACGUAUAAGUGCAAAGAUACUGCCCUUGGAGGCUAUGAUCGAGGGACUGUGGACUACAUUGAUGGUGUUUACGAAGGAGUGGCGGCAUAUGAUACUAGAGCCAAGGUUAGCAAUGGAGGGAUGGUAAAUGAAGUCAAACUGCGUGCAGAUGAAGAGGGCCGAGCAUUUAUUCUCUAGAUGCUAAGUAUGUGUGUAUGUCAUGAAUAAUUUGG